AUGAAGUUCGCCGUUGUCCUCUCCCUCGUUGCCGCCGCUUCUGCUGCCUCCCUUACCCGAAGACUUGACGCCUGUCCUACCGCCGGCGGCUCUCCCUGUGGUAUUGUCACCGCACUCGGCAGCAGUGUCACCUAUCCCAACUGCAAGUGCAAUCCUACUUGCGAGGGUGAUGUCACCUUCGUUGGUAUUAAGGCUCAUGUUCAAAUUGGCACCUGCGCAUAA